GUCUGUUCACCUUGGUUACCCGAUUUCAAACCUGAUGAUCCUUCUACGUGGGGUGGCUCUCAUUACGAUUACUACUACAUGGUUCUUAUCGCUUUCUGCGUCCUGGGUGCCGUCGGUAGUCUAGCGCUGAUUCCGUACUUUAACAGAGUCGCCGCGGCCAACUUGGGUGUUGCUCAGAAGGAUGUGAAGCAAAUGAAGGAGGGUGAUGCUGAUUCGGUUAUCGAUGGUUUUGAUGGAGAGUCGUCGAAGUCUGCCGUGAAGUCCGAUCGUGUUGCUGUUGAUUUGGAAGGUUAA